AUGACUGUUGGUGUUUAUCACAUUGGUGAUCACUGCUUUGUGUCAGACAGUGUAGCACAAACACAGCCACUGAUGGAUUCUGGAACUCUUCUCCUUCUCUGUAUGAUUUCUGCCACAGCAUCUGCUGUCAACCUCGAAGGGGAACUUUUCAGGGAUUUGAUGAAGGGCUACAACAAGAACGUGCGUCCCAUGGAGAGGAGUGGGGACAUCACUCCAGUCGACAUCAAGAUGACACUCACCAACCUCAUCUCCCUGAAUGAAAAGGAAGAGGCCCUGACGACCAGCGUUUGGAUAGAGAUGCAAUGGUGUGACUACAGGCUGAGAUGGGAUCAGCCGCCCAGGUCAGCUCUGUAUGGGAACAUCACCUCUGAGCUACGCAUCCCCUCUAAGAGCAUUUGGCUGCCGGACAUCAUACUGGAGAAUAAUGUGGAUGGACAGUUCGAGGUUGCACUUUACUGCAAUGCACUCGUGUCUCCUAAUGGCUGCGUGUAUUGGCUGCCUCCUGCCAUCUACCGCAGCGCUUGCAGCAUCACAAUCAACUACUUUCCCUUUGAUUGGCAGAAUUGCACUAUGGUUUUCCGCUCUCAGACUUACAGCUCCAACGAGAUCGAAAUGGUGCUCAAACAGGAGGACAACCAGACACUGGAGUGGGUGGAUAUUGAUCCAGAGGCUUUCACGGAAAAUGGCGAGUGGGUCAUCAAACACAGGCCGGCUAAGAAAGUGAUCAACACUCAGUACAAUGAGGAUGAGCGCGAGUAUCAGGAGGUGGUCUUCUUCCUUAUCAUCCAGCGAAAGCCCCUGUUCUACGUCAUCAACAUGAUUGCUCCCUGCGUGCUCUUCUCCUCCCUCGGCCUGCUCGUCUACUAUUUACCCGCCAAAGCUGGUGGACAGAAGUGCACAAUGUCUAUAGCAACCCUUCUGGGCCAGACUGUGUUCCUCCUCCUUAUUGCUAAGAAGGUUCCCGAGACUUCGAAAGCUGUUCCUCUCAUUGGAAAGUAUCUGAUGUUUGUGAUGUCAGUGACGACCAUGGUUGUGAUGAACUGUGUGAUCGUCCUCAACGUGUCCCUGAGAACCCCGAACACUCACAUAAUGACAGACAAAGUCAGAAAGAUCUUCCUCAACAUCUUGCCUCGACUGCUGAAGAUGCAGAUGCAACCCUGGACACCGAACAACCUAAAAAGUGAAAAUGGCGACACUCUGACUGCGGGCAGGAACAAUGUCUUCCUGGUUCCCUGCCGACGCCGCAGCUCCAUGACCCUCAUCUCUAAGGCGGAGGAAUAUGUGAUGAAAACAGCUCGCUCUGAACUCAUGUUUGCCAGAUUCAAAGAAAGGAAUGGAUUGAUGAAAUCAGUAUUAGAGAAGAUUCACAAUGGGCUGGAGUCGGGCACAGCUGAGCAGCUUGGUGCCAGUCUGGUGAGGGCCUCUCCAGAGCUGAAGCAGUGUGUGGCCUCCUGCAAGCAUAUAGCUGAGACCGCAAGACAGAAAAACAACUUCCAGAAUGAGAACGAAGAGUGGUUCCUGGUGGCCCGGGUGAUCGACAGAGUUUGCUUCAUUGUCAUGACGUUGGCAUUUUUUAUGGGCACAAUUGGGAUCUUCCUGAUGGGCCACUUCAACCAGCCGCCCUCCUCGCCCUUCCUUGGCGAUCCAAAGAAGUAUCUCCCUCCACUGAACAAUUUCUCUGAUAUCACUGAGAAUAGUAUGUGAGCAGACGUGCUUGGCUGAAAUGGGAGAAAUCGUGUCUUUUGAUCACUUUGACCAAAGUGAAAAUCUGACGGCAUCUGUCACUGAUCUGUCACUAGUGACUGAGAAAGUAGAAAAUACAGCUCUAUGUGUAUUUUCUGCACAGGCGUCAGCUGCUACUGUGGAUGUGUGGACUGUGACAGAGGUUCAGCGGACGUCCGCCGCUCUCGCGUGGACGCCAUGCUUGAUCCACAACGAUGCAUAACGUUGCUGAGAAAUGUCGAAAGGUUUUCAGCACAGUGUUUACAGGACGUUUAUUUCUGGGACGCCUCAUUAGACGGGGUGGUGAUCACACAUGUAAACAGAGAACAAUUAUUAUAGAAAUAUGGAGUUCUGUUAUAAUCGUGUGGUUAUAUAAUUAAAAACAUCUUUGAAAUGUGUC